UCAAGUGCUUCCGGUUACCAACACAGGUCUGUUGCGAAAACACAGGCAUCAAUUUCUGUUCAAAAUUACCCCGGUGCAAUAUUUCCCACCCUUAAACAGAGCAAAUGGUUCAGAUGAGGCCUUGACGGAGACCGGACGACCCACGGGGCUUUAAAAAGUCUUAGUGAUGCUAUCUCGACCACUGAUGCUGAUAGAGACUGAUGAUGGGGCGCGUGGCCGGGCCGUGGUGUCUCCGCCCCCUCCUGUCCCGUUGGCGGGUGAGGAGGAGCCUCCUGCAGGAGUUUUCUCUCCUCCUCCUCCUCCUCUUCCUGUUCUGCCUGCCUCCUUUUUUGCUCCCCUGCCUCCCACGGCCCCUCCUCAUCCCCCUCCGUGCUGCUCCUGCACCUCCCUCCUGCCCCGCCUGCUUUCGGCUCACCGGAUGGAGGUGCGGCGCCUGCUGCGCGGAGCCCUCGCCUCCCUCGGACGUCGUCUGGACUAUUUGGAGAGGAGGAGCGGGAGGAGGAGGGGGAGGAAGAACCGGAAGACCCGGAGCUCAGAAGAAACUUCACCUGCCUUCACCACCUCCUCUCCCGUGACUAGCCCACCCCCUGUUUUACACAACCCCUGCUCCUCAUCAUCAGUAGAGGAGGACCCUUCGUCCGCUGUCAGCCAAUCAGAUGAGAGGACGAGGAGCCCGGAGGAGGAGGUUAAUCAGAGGAAGAGGAGGAAGAAGGACCACGAAGAAUUAAUAUUUUCUACAAAUGACGCAGAAGAUGAGGAAAAGGAGGAAAAAGAGGAAGAAGAGGAGAGGAGGUUUGUCGGAAGGAUGGAAGUCUCUUGCAGAGGAGGACGGCCAGAGGAAGAGGUCCCGCUCACGCUAUACAACUACAGUGACAGAAAACGCAGAAGAAGAGAGAGUGAAGGACACAUCCAAUCAGAGAAGGCAGUCAGUGUGGUCACCAGAAAGAACGGAUACAGAUCCCAUCAGGCCUUGCAUAUGGUCCACUCAGCUUACAGUGGUCAGCCCAUCAGCCAAUCAGAAGUCUUCACGUUCUUUUCCAGCCAGUGCCGUUUUUCUGACAUCAUCCCUCCCCUCCCCCCCAACCACAGUAUUUCCCAUCUGUGGCUCAAAAACGCUCCCUCUUACUCAUUCAGCCCCGGCCCUAUGUUGCGCCUGUCCCUGGCUGCUGUGGAGACGAUACUGGAACAGGUGAGGGGCGCAGGUUGUUGGAGUCCCCUGCGACCCCUGAGAGACUGGACAGCCCCGCCCAGCUUAGGCAGCGACCACUGUUACGUACGAAGUCCAACACCCAGCAUUGCCUUUUCCUCCCGGAGACAGCUGAAGCAGCGAGCCAAUCACAGUGCUCGAGGCCUGUACCCGCCCCGGAGAAGGGCGCUCCCCCUCCCCGUGUGUUCGGCCAAUCGGCUGUCGGCUCCGCUCCCUGCGAACCAAUCUGCAGCGAGCUCACAGUUUCUGAACUCUAAUGGAGAGCUUGGUAAACGCGUGUCACAGAUCCGAAUACGGCGUGCACCGCCUCGAGAAAUGCCACUUACACCGAUGGGGCUGCCGAAAGCCAAAAGGUUGAAAAAGAAGGAAUUCAGUCUGGAGGAGAUUUACACCAACAAGAACUACAGAUCCCCCACCUCCAACAGGAGCUUGGAGACCAUCUUUGAGGAGCCACGAGAGAAGGAUGGAGCGCUCCUCCUGAUUGGCCAGCAGAAGAGACGCAGGCUCUUGCUCUUCCCUGACUUCACCCAGCCCAGAAAGAGGAAGAAGCCACAAGGUCCCGGAUUUCCUAUUACCAUGAUUCCCAGGAAACGAGCCGCAGCGCGUCGACAUAUUCACGGCCACGGUUUGGACGAUGACAGUGACUUGGACGUGAUGCUGGUGGAGAGACUAAGCGCGCUUGAAGACUUCCUGAUGCGGCAGGGCCUGGACGAGUGAACUCUGACAUCAGUUAUCGUCAGCUGACUAAAGGGCAGCCGUACCGAGCUGCUAGCAGCCCCACAGUCAUGGUGUUGCCACGGUAACGCUGUCAGCCAAGCAGUCUGAUGCGGUAGUUUGACUUUUUUGCGGUGAACGUGAUGUUUCUACGUUUUUUACUGUUGGACAAUAAAUGAGAAAGUGGAGUAUUUAAGAUUUUAUUUUACUGAGUGAAUGUGUCAUUUGCAUCAGACCACACCCCUAGUGAAUGCCCCGCCCCUCAGCAGAUUUGACUCUCCUCAAAGAUAAAUCUGCCACACUGUCCCUGUAGUUCUCAUGGUACACUGUAGUUCUCAUUAGUAUACUGUAGUACUCUGUAGUUCAAUACAGACCACCUGGUAAGUAUUUUGAGAUUUGAAACUGUGAUAAUAUAUAUUUCUGAAGAAAAUAUGAAUCUAUUUUUGGAGCAAAUAAAGUUUGUUUCUGCUCAAAAAGUUUGUGAUGUUUUCUUAUAGAGUCUAUUGUGACAUCUCAUAUAAGCAAUGUGAAACGGGAAGUAGAGUCUUUAACGUAAUCAUUUUUAUUUUAAAGAUACAUUUUGUUGUACAGUCUUUCAGUGCUGGACCACUGUACUAAUAAACGGCUGAGAUUUGUC